AAAAAUAAAUACGACAGAAAUGGUCAAAAGUUAUCGCUUAAUUUCGGUACUUAAAAGAAAAGGAUCAAGACGUGCAAAAUUCAUCUUUGUGAUUGUGCUGUGUGGAUUAAUUUAUGGAUUGUCUCAUUACAUCCAUGAGUGCUAUAUUAAGUUCAAAAUUAAGCCAGAAAUAUUAAUCAAUGAGAUCUACAUCAAUCGACAUGAGAUUCCGUUCCCAGCAAUUACAAUUUGUCCACCACAAGUAGUGAAAAGUGAAUUUUUAAAUCUGACAAAGAUUCGUUCUGAAAAUACAGCACUAAGUAAUGAAGAUCAGAUGUCAUUAGCUGUAUCAAGUCAAGUUUGUAAUGACCUUGUGCUGGAUCUCGAGAAAAAUCCAAAUGAGAAAUAUUUUAAUGAAGACGUAGUUGCAGUCAUGAAGAAAAUAUCGCCGCAAAUUAAUGACAUUUUUAAAGAAUGUACAGCUCUGGAUGACGCAAAAAGCUGUGAAGAAUUAUUUACAAAUAUUUUAACACCAAAGGGAAACUGCUUCACAUUCAACAUGCUCGAUGAAAAUUUAUUAUUGAACCAAGACACUAGCAGAGAUGUUUACUCUUACAAUUCAGCCUUAAAUUCAAAUCCAGAGAUGAAAUGGACGAUGGAAAGGAAGUAUUUAACUGAUGAAGAACUUGUCAAUCCUUUAAGAUCCAAUGUUGUACAAGAAUUACGUUUAAAAGUCAAGCUUAACAAGAGUGAAGAUCAGAAUUUAUGUGAGGAACGUUCUCGAGGAUUCAUGAUAAUCCCUCACUUGCCAAACGAAUAUCCAACAAAUACUCACAUUUCAACAAAUCUAGAGACCAAGAAGCACAAGCAUUUGAGCAUCACAGCAACAGUCAAAAGCAUCGAUAAUUCUUUUAAAGUAUUUCCGCUAAAACAACGAGGCUGCUUCAAUGAAAAUGAGAGGAAAUUGCGAUUUUUUAAAUCAUACACAAUGACGAACUGCAUACAGGAAUGCAUUGCCAAUUAUACUUACGCUAAGUGUGGCUGUGUAGCAUUUUUUGCACCCAGAACAAGCGACAUGAAAGUUUGCCAAAUUAAUGACUGGACAUGCUAUUCAAUUAUCUACAACAGAUGGCCAAGAAAAUACUAUACGGAACCUAGCAAUAAAGCAGAAUAUCCAGAAUUUCCAUGCAAUUGCCUGCACACCUGUGCUGAAAUCAAGUACAACAUCGUCAACGAAUAUACAUUCGAUCGAAAUGACUACGAUGAUGAGAAUGUCUCUUAUGGCACCAUAGAAAUACAAUUUUUAGUCGCUCAAGUCACAGAAACAACAAAAUUCGCAACUUAUCAAUUCGAAAAUUUUAUUGCUGAAGUUGGAGGAUUGAUUUCAUUAUUUUUGGGCUUUUCAUUGCUGUCAUUCUUUGAGCUAUGUUUUGAGCACUUUGUGAAUCUUAGAGAUGGAGUCCGACAAUUUGAAGAGAUCAUUCGUUCAAACUGGAGAAUCAGGACAGCUAUAAGAGAGCAAAAUGAUGGAGAUGAUGAUCAUAUUGUUAUAUUAGUUCCUAAUAGGGAGCGUAGAGCUACGACAACGACUUUGUGUUGA